AUGUAUACACGCACUUCUGCAUUCAUUCGGACUUCCAACUUUUCAACUUCAGUACCUGGUCUUGGACGUGGAGGUUCUGGGCCAAUUUCACUUGGUGGAAAAACUUUCACCUUUGGAGAAACGCUAUGGCUUAAACAAGGUCGCGAGAGUCCACAAACAAAUUCAAGUCCUCAGCCUGGUCAGUUUGAUGACGCAGAAGAAGAACGCGAAGCAUUAAAAACUUUGUCCGAAAAAUUAAUAGUUGGUGAGAAAGACUUAUCAAACUAUGGUGGUGAAAAGGAAUUAAGACGAGAAUCUAAAUACCGACGUCCAUCAGAAUAUGACGUAGAGGUGCAAAGACAGAAGUCAAGAAAUCCUAGAGAUACGCAACAGCGAGAGACGGGAACUAUACGAGCUAGAUCUAAUUUGCGAUCAACAGCUUUUAAAAAGAAACAACAUAAACAUAUAGAUAAUUUGAAACAAAUUCAAGCAAAAGAAUUUAUUGCGGAAGACAUUAAUUGGACAAAUUUCGUUACUUCACAAAUUACUUCUUUAGAGAGCAAAGAAGAAGAAGAAGCAUUUAGAUUAGAGCUGAAAGGUGGAGAUUAUGAUCGGUAUCUUUCUGUUCCUGCAUCAAUUCAGAAUAUAAGAGAGAAUGAUAACGUAACGAAUCAAUUCGAAUCAAUACGAAUAUUGAUUGGACAAAACCCGUCUUAUACUCUAAGUGACAAAAAGAUUUUCUAUGAAACGUUGGCACGAAGCUUGAAACCUUUGAUUGAAAAUAAAACAAAUCCAUAA